CUCUAGUGGUAGUAGCGGCAACAAAAGGGAACAACUUGAAACCCACCAAAGAACCUCUCAAGGGUUUCUAGACACAGAGAAGAAGAAGAUUCAGAGAUGAGUUUAUGGAAUUACGUAGUAACAGCUCACAAACCUACCAAUGUUACUCAUUCAUGUGUAGGAAAUUUCACUUCUCCUCACGAACUUAAUCUCAUCGUUGCGAAAUGUACUCGUAUUGAGAUUCAUGUCAUUAAUGCUCAAGGGUUGCAGGCUGUACUGGAUGUGCCAAUAUAUGGAAGAAUUGCAACACUCGAGCUUUUUCGCCCUCAUGGAGAAGCUCAAGACUUUUUAUUUAUUGCUACCGAGAGAUAUAAGUUUUGCGUUUUACAGUGGGAUGCAGAGUCAUCUGAACUUGUGACCAGAGCAGCAGGUGAUGUCUCGGAUCGCAUUGGUCGUCCUACCGACAAUGGGCAGAUUGGUAUCAUAGAUCCUGAUUGUAGAUUAAUCGGUCUGCAUCUUUAUGAUGGCUUAUUCAAGGUUAUACCCUUCGAUAGUAGAGGGCAGCUGAAGGAAGCAUUCAACAUUAGGCUUGAGGAGCUUCAAGUUUUGGAUAUAAAAUUCCUCUUCGGGUGUUCAAAACCCACAAUUGUUGUUCUUUACCAGGACAAUAAAGAUGCGAGACAUGUUAAAACAUAUGAGGUUGCACUCAAGGAAAAAGACUUCUCGGAGGGUCCAUGGUCGCAGAAUAAUCUUGAUAAUGGGGCUGGCUUGUUAAUUCCCGUCCCUAUGCCUCUUGGGGGUGUUAUCAUUAUUGGAGAGGAAACAAUUGUUUAUUGUAGUGCCGUCGUAUUUAAAGCAAUCCCGACCAGACCUUCGAUUACAAGGGCCUAUGGAAGGGUUGAUGCAGAUGGCUCUCGUUACUUACUCAGUGAUCAUGCAGGUCUUCUUCACUUACUUGUGAUUACCCAUGAGAAAGAAAGAGUAACUGGUCUGAAAAUUGAGCUCUUGGGUGAGACAUCAAUUGCAUCUACAAUAUCUUACCUUGACAAUGCGAUCGUAUACGUUGGCUCUAGCUUUGGAGACUCGCAGCUUGUAAAACUGAAUCUCCACCCUGAUGCAAAAGGCUCAUAUGUAGAAGUCGUAGAAAGAUAUGUCAAUUUGGGACCUAUCGUGGAUUUCUGUGUGGUUGACCUAGAGAGGCAGGGCCAAGGUCAGGUCGUAACUUGUUCUGGAGCAUACAAAGAUGGUUCUCUACGAAUAGUUCGAAAUGGAAUAGGGAUCAAUGAACAGGCAUCAGUAGAACUUCAAGGCAUCAAAGGAAUGUGGUCUUUAAGAGCAUCUACUGACGAUCCAUAUGAUACCUUUUUGGUUGUGAGUUUUAUCAGUGACACUCGAAUAUUGGCAAUGAAUUUGGAUGAUGAGUUAGAGGAAACAGAGAUAGAGGGUUUUGAUUCAGAGGUUCAAACUCUGUUCUGUCAUGAUGCUGUAAACAACCAGCUUGUACAAGUUACUGCAAGCUCUGUACGGCUUGUCAGCUCUACAUCACGUGAUCUCCUUGAUGAAUGGAAAGCUCCAGUGGGAUUUUCGGUUAAUGUUGCCACAGCAAAUUCCAGUCAGGUUUUAUUGGCGACUGGAGGUGGCCACCUAGUUUACCUAGAAAUUGGUGAUGGUAAAUUGGCUGAAGCCAAAUAUGCGCAGUUGGAAUAUGAGGUGUCCUGCCUUGACAUAAACCCGAUUGGUGAAAACCCUAACUUCAGUCAGCUAGCAGCGGUUGGUAUGUGGACAGAUAUGAGUGUCCGGAUAUUUUCCCUUCCUGGCCUUGAUCUCAUAAGAAAGGAGCAACUGGGAGGAGAGAUUAUUCCUCGCUCUGUUCUUCUGUGCGCCUUUGAAGGGGUCUCAUACUUGUUAUGCGCCCUUGGAGACGGACACCUGUUUAAUUUUCUGUUGAACGUGAACACUGGCGAAUUAACAGAUAGGAAAAAGGUCUCACUUGGAACUCAGCCAAUAACGCUACGUACGUUUUCUUCUAAGAACACAACACAUGUGUUUGCUGCAUCAGAUAGACCUACUGUUAUAUACAGUAGUAACAAAAAGUUACUCUACAGUAAUGUGAACUUGAAAGAAGUAAGCUAUAUGUGUCCAUUCAACACUGCUCCUUUCCCAGACAGCCUUGCUAUUGCAAAAGAAGGUGAACUUACUAUUGGGACUAUCGACGAUAUUCAAAAGCUGCAUAUACGUACAAUUCCUCUGGGAGAGCAUGCAAAGCGCAUCUGUCAUCAAGAGCAAUCUCGGACCUUUGCGAUCUGCACUAUGAAAUACUGCCAAUCGAGCAAUGAAGAUUCUGAAAUGCACUUUGUUCGAUUGUUAGAUGAUCAAACAUUUGACAUCAUAUCUUUUUAUCCGCUUGAUACGUAUGAGUAUGGUUGUUCUAUCCUCAGCUGUUCGUUUGCAGAUGACACUAAUUUUUAUUACUGCGUGGGAACUGCAUAUGUUUUGCCCGAGGAAAGUGAGCCAACCAAGGGUCGGAUACUAGUUUUUGUAGUUGAAGAUGGGAAACUACAGCUAAUCGCAGAGAAGGAAACAAAGGGUUCAGUUUACUCUUUAAAUUCAUUCAAUGGGAAACUUCUUGCUGCUAUUAAUCAAAAGAUUCAACUGUAUAAAUGGAUGCUGCGGGAUGAUGGCUCCCGUGAGUUGCAGUUGGAAUGUGGUCAUCAUGGACACAUUCUCGCGCUCUAUGUCCAAACCCGUGGAGAUUUCAUUGUUGUUGGUGAUUUGAUGAAAUCAAUCUCGUUGCUAAUAUAUAAGCAUGAAGAAGGAGCUAUCGAGGAGCGGGCUCGUGACUACAAUGCAAACUGGAUGACCGCAGUCGAGAUCCUCGAUGACGAUAUCUAUCUUGGAGCUGAGAACAAUUUCAACUUAUUUUCUGUCAGGAAGAAUAGUGAGGGUACAACUGAUGAAGAACGAGCGAGGCUCGAGUCUGUUGGUGAAUACCACCUUGGUGAAUCCGUGAACCGGUUCAGACACGGUUCGCUUGUUAUGCGUCUCCCUGAUUCCGACGUGGGUCAGAUUCCUACAGUCAUCUUCGGCACUGUCAAUGGCGUGAUUGGAGUUAUUGCAUCACUCCCACAGGAGCAUUACCUAUUUCUAGAAAAGUUACAAUCGAACUUGGUCAAGGUCAUAAAGGGUGUUGGGGGAUUGAACCAUGAACAAUGGCGAUCUUUCAACAAUGAAAAGAAGACUGUAGAUGCCAAGAACUUCUUGGACGGGGAUUUGAUUGAAUCAUUCCUUGAUCUAAGCCGGAACCGAAUGGAAGAGAUCUCAGCAGCCAUGAGUGUUUCAGUUGAGGAGCUCUGUAAGAGAGUAGAAGAAAUGACAAGGUUGCAUUGACAUGUGAGUGUCCUGGUAUGCUGUCUCCCUCUACCGAUUUUCUUCUCCGUGUUUUUGCCUAUCUGUAUCUUAUGAGCUGUUAUAAAGACUUCACUGUCUUUCUGUAUCCAGUAGGAAACAAAUGUUUUUUGUGGAAAAUCCUGGGGUUGGAAUCUGAACAAAUAUCUGUAUAUCUGUUUUAGUUUAGCUUUUCAAUUUCAAGUGUAAUGAGUUCGCAGUGGAUAAUGAAAUGUUAAUUGUCCGCGUUGUUUGAAGUAGUUUGCAAAAUGCUGCAUCUCUUCGGACUUGCCGAAAUUUCAAUAAUAUGUGAUUCGCACA